AUGAGUGAGGCACAGAGAAUUCUCAUCGUCGGCGGCGGCCAAGGAAUCGGAUGGGAGGUGACUAAAGCCAUCCUGAGAUUAUCAUCUCAAGCACGCAUCGCCGUUUUCGGAUUCCACUUGGAAGAGGAAGUACGGAAACUACCUGACAAGACCAAUGGCCAGGUGGCGAUCGUUUCUCAGGGAGACGUAACCUCUGAGAAUGACCGGAAAUCGGUCGUCAAAGAAUGUUUGGAGAAAAUGGGUGGUAUUGACACGCUGGUCUUCACAGCGGGUGUUAUCACUCCGAUUGAGCGAAUCGAGAAGCUUAACAUGGAGGAGGUGAAGAGGACUUUCGACGUUAACGUCUUUGGAUGCAUGGCAAUGAGUCAGCUCUGCCUUCCCCACCUCCGCUACUCGCGCACCACAAAUUACACAAACGCCGCCUAUGGAAAGGCCAUUAUCCUCUCUUCUGGUUGCGACAAAGAGAUCUCCUACCAAGGUUGGAUGCCAUAUUGUACCACCAAAGCAGCACUCACCCGCUUCGUUGAGAUGCUUGCGCACGAAGAGCCUCUCCUUGCAGUGCAAGGGGUGUAUCCGAAGCUGACGCGUACAAAAAUGCCCAAGGAUGUGAUUUCGGGCAAGUACAAGGGAAUUAUGGCGGACCACGAGAUUGAGAAAUUCAGGGUGUGGAAUGAGAUUGGAGAUGAGAUGGUGGAGCCCCCGGAAUGGUGCGGGGAGGCAGUUGGGAAGUUAUCUUUGGGACUAUAUCCUGGAGGAAGGAGCGGUGCGAAGGAGAGGCGCCUCAUCCGCUCUCAUGUUAUGAUGGGUAAGAACGCAGGGCGAUCCCGUCCAUCUCGCCGGCAGAAGCACGAUGCUGCCACAAAGAAGAUCUCGCAAUACGAUUUGAUCGCAGCAAAGGAUCAAGUGCAAGGUUCUGAUCGACCGGUAAUAUACGAUCGCUUAAUUUAUAGCGAUUUGGCUUUCGCCGAUAUUCCUCGUCAAAGUGCCAAAUCAAUAGAGCUUCUGCGCCAAUGGCUUUCACUACUUGACAGGAGGCUAUAUCCACCAGAAUUCUGCUCGAGGCUCGACUUCAUGGACUAUGUUUGGCUCCAAUAUGUUUUUUACGACGAAGGAUAUAUGCAUGGUGUGCUCGCAAUAAAAGCAUCACUUCGUGAUUCCUUGGAGAGGCAGGCCAAAGCUUCGCCAGACGCGUUGGAGCACCUAUCGAAAGCCUACAAAUUGACUCAACGAAGACUAACAGGUCCCGAAGCUAUAUCAGAUAAGGCGAUAGCAGGCGUCACCAUUCUUGCCAUUUAUCAACUCGUACAUGGGAACGUAGGUGUUGGCUUGGUGCAUUUUGAUGGACUUUGCCACAUGAUACGAUUGCGAGGUGGCCUGGCGAAACUUAUGAAGCAUAACCGUGCAUUGGCUCAAAAGCCGUGGAGAAUUGAUCUAGAGUUUGCACUCCAAAGCGGCUUGGCCAUGCGAUUUGGUGGUACCGAAGCACCUGUGCCUGCCAAGACGAUGAGCCCGAAAGUCAUUUGCUCGACUUACACGAAGCUGUAUGAAUACGGCGUAGACGUAGAACUGGUCUGUAUGCUGUCCGACGUUACAGUUUUCAUCAACAUGCUUAAUGCGAUCAACGAGAUGAGUAGACUGGAUCCGCUUGACUUCUCUGAACAGGCUUUUCAACUCAUCCAUCGAUUGAUUGAUUUCGCGCCUUUACAAGGGACAAGAAACUGCCAACCACUGGAUGAGCUACUGCAGCUGAGCCUUCUCGCGAUUAUGACGACUUCGCUGCCAAAUUACACAACCGACGACCUCCGCUACGAGCUCUUAGCAAAACAACUUAAAAGAGCUAUUCUGCGCUGUGUUGCCAAGACCGACAAGAACAUGGAGCUUCUACUGUGGACGGUCUUCGUUGGCCGAGUUUCAAUUUUACAUAGCGACCAGGAUGGUUGGAUCACGCCUGUACUUUUGCAAAUCAGUCAACAGGUUCAGAUCCAGAACUGGCUGCAAAUUCGACAGAUUCUUAGCGGAUACUGUUGGAUACAUACGUUACACGAUGCUGUAGCCAUGAAGAUCUGGGAGAGAGCCCUUGAAGAGAGACCUAAAGGGGCUUGA